AAGUGUUCCACAUGCCUCAGGGACGAUUUCCUCUACGCAACCUCAAUUCUGGCAACAAGAGAGAGGAAAAAUAUUGGCAUGGAUCCAUUGCCAACGAUUCAACCCCAAAGUUCACCGUCUCACCACGACACUGCACCAGUGCAAGUGAGAGGUGUUGAUGCAUCAACGAGACCAGGCUCAGCAUACUCCAAGAAAAGCAAUACUGCUCACAAUGUCGAAGAGAAGCAGGUGAACCAACCCGCCGAAACAUCAACGAGGGCAAGAACAAGUCCACCACCCUCCCGGCACUCUCGGCAGUCGAAUGAAUUGCAGGAUGAGGAACUUGCACAAUAUAUCGACCCAGAAGAUGAUUUUCCCGAGGGCGGUCUGAGAGCAUGGCUUGUGGUUGUAUCGUCAUUCUUUCUACUGCUCCCGACUUUCGGAUUCAUGGUUGCCAUGGGUCUUCUGCAAGAUUAUUGGAUUCAAAAUCAGUUGUCUCAUUACUCUGCUCGCGACGUUGGAUGGAUUCCAUCAGUAUUCACCUAUCUUUGUCUUGGACUGGGCAUCUGGAUCGGACCUUUGUUCGAUCGGUACGGUCCGCGCUGGAUUGCAUUGAUUGGAAGUGCCGGGUAUCUGGCCAUGAUCUUCCUGCUUGCCGAAUGUAAGAGCUUUUGGCAAAUGAUGUUAUGCCUAGGUAUACUGGGCGGAACAACAAGUGCGAUGGUGACUACCACCGGACUUUCAGUUGUAUCACACUGGUUCAAAGCACGCCGUGGUCUAGCCCAAGGAGUCACCAUGGCGGGAAAUUCGUCCGGCGGUCUGUCAAUUCCAUUAAUUCUACGAUAUACACUACCCAAGUAUGGAUAUGCUUGGUCGCUUCGCAUCCUCGGUUUCUUCUUCCUGGUGUGCUUCAUAAUCGGUAACGUGCUGAUCAAAGCACGCAUCCCCCCAUCAGCAGCUGCAAAGAAAAAGCCCAUCAUCUCCCUCUCCAUCUUCGGGGAUCUACGCUUCAGUCUCUUCACCGUCAGCGUCUUUGGCUUCGAAGUCGUCUUGUUCGGCGCUCUCGGUAUCCUCCCCACGUACGCUACGCUGAGCACGGAUUUUCCAGCGGACACUGGCUUCUACCUCAUCGCUGUUCUCAACGCCGUCUCGAGUCUCGGGCGCAUCAUGCCAGGCUAUCUCUCCGACAAGAUCGGGAGGUUCAACACUCUGUUCAUCAUGAUUGUCUUCACGCUGCUGUUCAUGCUCGUCUUAUGGCUUCCUCUCGGAACCACAUCUUUACCAGCGCUGUACUGUUUCGCAGCCCUCUUCGGCUUCGGAACAGGUAGUUGGAUGGCGCUGACACCGGCGUGUAUCGGCCAGCUAUGCAGAGCAGAGGAGUUUGGGAGAUACUACGGGUCCAUGUACUUCAUUGCCAGUUUGGCGACAUUGGUUUGUAUCCCGAUUAGUGGUGAGUUGGUUGAAACGGUUGGGGCUUCGCCAAUGGUAGGGUUUUUCUGCGCGGUGCUCGCGUUGAGUUUGAUCGCUUUCUUGUUUACAAGGUGGGCAUGUUUGGGGCGGAGUUGGGCAAUCAAGGCGAAGAUUUGA